AUGUCCUCAGCGGACUCUCCCUCGUCAUCUCGACAGACUUCGCUCACACCGACGAGCGCGUCCCGUUCUUCGUCUCUACUCAUCCCCGUUGACGACUCGAAGCCGACACGCCGCAUCCCGCUUCGAACGAGCAGCCUCGCCUCCGACCUCGGCAUCCUCCCUCCUCCCUCAGUCGCAGCUUCUCUCGCCCCGCCCUCCGACAAUCCCCUUCUCUUGACCCCGCUCCGAGCGCACUACCUCAAGCGCGAACUCGUCACCCUCGAGUUUGUCAAGGAGCUCUCGCAACUCGACUCGCCCGGCGCUCUCUCCGUCCUCGGCCCGCCCUUUCUCCCAAAAUCCCGCUUCGUCAAUGGCGUACCGCAGCCAGCACCCGCACCGGGAUCAGACGCGGCGAGGUCAGAGGAGCGCGACUGGGAAUCGAACGUCGACCUGCCGUUCCUCCGCUUCGUCUUCCACCACUUUGUCCUCUCCUUCCCCUUCCUCAUCGCCUGCCCGCCGACCUUCUUCUCACACAAACUUCAGCCCUUCGUCUACUCGUUCGUCUCGCGCAACAUCUCGUCAUCGGACGAACGCGAGUCCGUAACGAAGCGGAAACGAAUUGCUGGCAAGGUCGAGAAGCACCUUGGGCUCGUCAUGAGCGCCGCAAUCAAGCUCACCGAGAACGAUGGAAAGGAGGAAGUCGUCCGCAUCGAGGACGACGGGUCGAUGCAUGCGGGCGCGCCGGCGACGCAGCAGUCUGGCGCCGCAUUGGUGGGCAUGAAGCGGCGCGGGCCUCUGACGAAACUCGAGCGCGCGGACGAAGAGUUCUCAAUCAACGUCGUCUCGGUGCGGAACAGACAGACGAAGAGCAGGAUGCGGAUCAAGAGGCACGAAGAGUUCCUUGUCCGGACGAGGCGGAAGGGCAUGUCGGACGUGUACGUCGCGCGGCGAUACGGAGACUUUGUCCGCCUGGCAGAGACGCUCAAGAAGGAGUGCAUCGAGGAGGACGUCAGGGGCCCACCGGCCAAGGACCGCCGCUCGACCGAAAUGAAGCCGGCUGCCUCGCCCGACGCCUCGACUCAGCCCUCCCCUCGCCCCUCCUUCACGGGCGACGAGUCGCCCUCGCAGCCCCCGACGCCCGUCUUCGAUCCGAACCACGUCCCCUCUCUCGCCCGCGAGCGCAACCGCCUCACCCUCCGCGCCUACCUCCGCUCGCUCCUCUCAAAUCCCGUCAUUGCCGCCUCCGACGCAUUCCAAUCCUUCCUCCUCGAGUCGCCGAUCCAGCUCACGCCCGCCGAAGAACAGGACGUCCUGAUCCGCGAAGAGAUGGACCGGAUCCGCGAGCAAGAGAUGAAGUCGUUCCGUGCCGAAGUUGAGGAGCGCGUCGAGGAGCUCGAGGGGUAUUUGCGCAAGUUCAGGGAGGAACUCGUCAAGCACGAUGGGCUGUCGAGGGUGUUUGCGACCAUCAGGCAGACGGAGAGGGUCGACGACUUGCCCGUCGAGUACAGGAAGGUGAUGGAGUGGGCGCGCAUCUCCCUCGCGUCGACAAUCUAUCAGCUCUUCCUCGGCUCGGACAACUCGUCCUCGGUCUUCGCGUCUCUCAAGCGUGUGCACGGCCUCAUGCCGUACUUCAUGCUCCGCGGCAUCCUCAAGAUCUCGAAUCCGGUCGCCAUGAUCCGCUCUGUCCUCGACCUCUUCCUCGCGCGCCCGUUUGGCUCGACCUCGCUCGUGCAGAAAAUGUUCAGCAGCGGCUUGAACGAGGAAGCGAAGGACCUGCGCGACGAUGCCGAGCUCGUUGCGCGCAAGAUCGGCGACGACAGGCUGUGCGAAAAGGUCCGCCAGUUUGUCGAUGCGCCGCGAGACGACCAGGACGCCAUGCGCCUCGAUGCCGAGUCGGAGGGCAUCGACCUCAUGACCGUCAUCCUGCGGCAGUCCGGCGCGCCCCGCCUCGACCCAAGAACGAUGCAGUACCUCGCGAGAUGUGCGGUGCGUUACGAAGAGUACAAGAAGGUGCGCGACGCGCUGCACGACCCCGAUGAGGACGAAGGCCCGACGAACGACGAGGCGUGGUUGUACGAGGACUUGUACGUCUACAAGCGGCUCAUCACCGCCGCGAGGGACAAGGAGCAGCUCAUCGAGCUCAUCUUUGAGGGAAGCACGUCGGAGCUGCUCAAGGACAUUGUCACGAUCUUUUACGAGCCGCUCGCGCGCGUCUACAAGGCCGCGAAUAUCGCCGACUCGCUCAGCGACCUCCAGGCCUUCAUCAACGACCUCAUAAAGACGGUCGAGUACGCGGAAGACGCCAACUUGACCGAACCUCAGCGGACGGUCCAACUCUUCGUCGACCUCGUUGCGCGCCACGAGGACCGCUUCUACCACUUUGUCCACCAGGUGCACUCGAAGGGCGAAGGGCUGUUCGAUAACCUGAUGGCGUGGAUCGAGCUCUUCAUCAACUUUGUCCGCGACGGCCUCCCGAGCCGGGUCUCGCUCGACUUCCUCCUCCCCGUCGGCGGCAAGGAGCGCGAAGAGGUGCUGGCCGAGGUGGAUGCGCUCGUCGAGUACCACCGCAAGCUCAAGCUCGCGCAUCACGAGCGGAUGAAGAAGCGCAUGGUCAAGGGCGGCGGCGACGACCUCGACAAGAACGCCGACGCGGCGUUCGUCUCGGGCGUCAUGCAGAAUCUGCACAUCGGCGACGUCAUGGACGACGUGCACGACGUCGAGGCCGAGGACAGCGACGAGGAGGCGGCCGGUUACAGCAGCAGCGAGAGCGAGCUCGAGGCCGACGAGCAGCCGCCGCCGCCCUUGCCGAACAAGGACCCGCCUCAGGUCCCGCCUCGCCCGCCGAGGAAGAAGGACCGUGCCCCGAUCGACCCGCCGAAACUCGAGCACAUCCCGCGCCUCGUUCCCGUCUUUGUCGAGCUCGUCCGGAACGAGCUAAACGAGGCACGGAGACAGAAGGGCAAGCCACGACAGACGGCGGGGCAGCAGUGA